AUGUUCUCCUAUGUCUUCGGGUCUGCCAGCACCUAUUUUCACCUCCCCAUCGAGGAGGACGAAGACGAGGACGACUUCAUCCCGUCCAGCACCAGGCACAUAUCUUGGGCCUCCCCAGAUACUACUCUCGUUGACUGCGACACGAUCCCCUCUUCCAUUCCUUCCUCAACCUCCUCCCAGUCUCAACCUGGUUCCUCCAAGCCUCGCGAACUACACUCUCAAGGCCCAUCGGCAAAGAAUAAAGCGGUCAUCAACGAGAUUCUUGCUCAGGAUGAUUGCUAUGCCGUCUUGGGCAUCUCUCGAUCUACCCGCAUAGACAAACUCACCCUUCGCCGUGCCUACCUCGCUAGGAGCAAAUCAUGUCAUCCAGACAAAUUCCCCGACAAUCCUGAAGCCACCCGCGCUUUCCAAAAGGUGUCCGUUGCAUACGACAUUCUCAGCAAACCCUCAUCAAAGCGCAUGUACGACUCCCGACCGACACAAGCCCCCUUCGACUUCUUCGCUUCUCGGACAUUUCAAGCGGAAGAGACUUUCCGCGGAGUCGUGAUAGGCGUCAUUAAUGACAUGCUUGACGGCGACCUGGAAAUGAUCCGUACCUUACUUUUCGCCGUCAAUAACAUGAAUCCGUCCUUGCAACUCGGAGAAGAAGGAAUCAACUCGGUGUUGAUGACCCUCCAAGCAAUCCGAACCCGUGCACUCACGUGUCGGACAUGCAUACACGCCCUUCACAACGAAGUCUCCCGUCUCCUCGAAGCCCAACGAGCCUUCCGGCAGCUCUCCUACUUCGACCUCCGCCGUCGUUCCCACCUCAUGAUCCACAUCGCUCGCCUUACCAUCUCCAUGCCUAUCGCUCUCGAAGAAGCUCUCAGACAACAGAAACAAGAGGACUACGGCAGAGACGCCCUGAGGGAAAACCAAACUGCUCUCCUCAACCGCCGUAUCUACGCCCUCUUACGAGGCGUCGUCUCCGUCCUCGAACGCAUGGAGGGGCUCGUCAAGAAAUGAGCCCAUAAACCCCCAGCGGCAUCCUCUUCAAUUCGCCACUGGCCACACGCCACCCCGGAUCUCCAUCGAACAACUGCGGACGUUAUCGCCCGGAUUGUGUUCACGAUCGUAUGAUUGAGUUUUGUAUAAGUCUUCUGUCUAUCAUCGUCGCCCGGGCUUCCUUCACCUCGUUCUAUCGUUCGCGUUGCUUAUCGCUCGCCCCCCCGCUGUUACGCCUACUUUAUGU